AUGAGGUCUGUUGUACCAACUCGACACCCAAUCUAUUACUUUAAUGCGUCCAGCCACAUCUUCCAGGUAGAGAAUACACUAUACAAACUCUGCAGUUCAAUCUUAUCCGCGUCUUCCAAUGUCUUUCGUGAUAUGUUUUCUACCAUGGAGAAUUCUAGGCAACCAGAAGUAGAUGGCAUGUGUGAUGAUAAACCAAUUCACCUUAACGGAAUAUCUCGGGAGACGUUUGAGUUGUUCCUUGAAUUCACGUUUGGAAGAAUGCAUACCGGAUCUCAUAGCAUUGAUGAACUCUCGAAAUUUCUCCCUAAGUUAAUCAACCUCGCCAUCAAAUACCACAUCCGCUCCAUCUUUCCAUAUGCUUUCCAGCAACUGGCAGAAACCCCAAUUACUGAGCUCACUCAUGCCCACCAGGAGUUGAUGGGCGACAAAGCUGCACUUGAUAGUCACCGCCGGAUCGUAGCUGCAGAGGAACCGAAGAUCUUGAUGCACUCGAAUGAGUGUCAAGACCCAACUGGUUUGCAACAAGGACUGGCACGCAAUUUGGUGGAAUGGAAUCCACAGCCAUACGACGACGCCGUCAAACGCUUCAAGGAACUGCAGUUUGGACGCGUCAGUGAAGGAUGCAAAGACCUCAUGUUCAAGAUUCUCGAUCAGGGAGCGGCAUUCAAGCACGCCGAACAAUUUGUUUCUGAGACUUGCAGCUUCCUAGUAGAGAAACUGUACAAAUACUAUACUGCAGUGGUCCGAGUCUCAAAUUGCUUGAAGGAAAGUAGAGAUCAUAAUUAUCAUGGCGGCAACUUCAAGUUGAGUUUUGAGUCCAAUGAAAACGCGCCAGCUCUGGAUUGGCGAAAACGCGCAGUGCGGGAAUGCGGAACCUCUUGGUUAAAACGCGCCCCACUCUGGAUUGACUAA